AUGUUGUCAGGAAGACCUCCUGUAACAGAGAAUCCUUUGGGACUCUCAUGGCAUGACAGUGCAUGGAUUCCUGUAUUAAAUCCAAACAAUAUAAUGGAUUACUUUUCUGAAAGAAGUAAUCCUUUCUAUGAUAGAACAUGUAAUAAUGAAAUUGUUAAAAUGCAACGUUUAAGUCCUGAUCAGUUACAAAAUAUGACUGGCCUUGAGUAUAUUCUUUUACAUGUACAAGCACCUAUUUUGUAUGUAAUUAGAAAGCAGCAUCGACAUUCUCCUACUUUGGCAGCACCACUUGCAGAUUAUUAUAUUAUUGCAGGUGUUGUAUAUCAAGCUCCUGAUUUAGCAUCAGUUGUUAGCUCUAGAUUGUUAUCUACAGUACAUCAUUUGCAGUCUGCCUUUGAAGAAGCUAGUUCUUGUUCAAGGUAUCAUCCUAGCAAAGGCUAUUAUUGGGAUUUCAAAAAUGGUAAAGCUCUGGCAGCAAAGAAAGAAACACCUGUUCGUGAAGAACCAAGUUCUUUAUUUCAGCGUCAAAGGGUGGAUAUGUUACUUGCUGAACUUACACGAAAAUUUCCAUUACCUAUCCCCAAACCAGUACAUCAAGCUGUAGAACCUUAUCUUCAUUUGUAA